ACGAUCACGUUGGGAAUCUAUGAUAUAAGGGUACGGUCAUCAUCAACGAGAUGCUGCAAACGUUUUGAAGCGUUUUUUAAUUGGUUUCUCUCUGAUAGCCUCUGAUCAGCCAAAGAAAUACAUUAUACUGUUUGUUGCACUGGUGAGCGAUAGUAUAGCCAAGAGAAAAUAAACUAAUUUCCAUUGGAAAAGCAACUCUGUUCCCCGAGGAGACUAGUUCGAUUUAUGGAUCGAUAACAAUUUGGCACUUUGAAACUUUUAUAAGAGAGGUCGAGAAAUUACUCAGGAGAUAUAUAAGAAUUAUCCAAAAUAAAUAUCGCAGAACAUGCGCUCAACCAAGGGUAUUGUUCAAAUGAUACAAUCCUCUAAAACAUACUUUUUGAACUUUCUCAAACCUAUCAUGUCAAAGUUUGAAGAAAAUCGUAGAUUUGUUGAUAUCCGUAAUGAAUCCGAUAAUUCUUUUGGAAAAUAUGCUAUAGUCCAGCCUUGGGUAGUUUCUGAAAAAAAUACUAUACCUACAUACAUACCCCAGCCAUCCUACAGUCAGUCUAUGAUACCCAAAAAAGGGCCAGCAAUGCCCGAGAUCAAAGACGAAUAUCAAAUAGAAUGUAUGAGGCACAGUUGUAAACUUGCUAGUAGUAUUUUGCGUCAAGCUGGUGCAUUAAUUGAGCCAGGUAUUACAACUGAUUUUCUCGACAAACAAGUACAUGAUAUGAUCAUUGGUAAUGGAGCUUAUCCCAGUCCACUCAACUACCAUGGCUUUCCCAAAUCUAUAUGUACAAGUGUUAAUAACAUCGCUUGCCAUGGUAUUCCAGACAAUAGGCCUUUACAAGAAGGUGAUAUACUCAAUGUUGAUAUAACAGUAUAUCUUAAUGGUUAUCAUGGCGAUUGUUCAGCUAUGUUUCAAGUGGGUGAAGUAGACUCAAAAGGCAAACAAUUAAUAACAGUCACAGAAUUAUGCUUAAAGUCAGCUAUUGAAAUAUGCAAACCAAACGAACAUUUUUGUAAUAUUGGUAAUGUGAUAGAAAAGACAGCAAAUGAACACAAUUUGAAUGUAAUACCCGCAAUUUUGGGUCAUGGUAUUGGAACUUACUUUCAUGGUGCUCCAGAUAUUUGUCAUUUCGCAAAUAAUUUUCCCGCGAGAAUGAAAACAGGUAUGACAUUUACUAUCGAGCCAGCUUUAAGUCAAGGAAGAACAGAGACCAUAAUUCUAGAAGAUGGAUGGACAGUUUGUACAGUCGACGAUUCUAGGACAGCUCAAGUUGAACACACAAUUUUAAUAACAGAUACUGGAUGCGAAAUACUAACACUUUAGUCGCUUUAGUUUAUGAUCGGUAUCUAUUACUAUUUAUACAACAAAGGAUCAUUGAAUAUAUAUAUAUAUUAUUUUUAGUGUAUAUAAAGAUAUGUAUAAAUUAAUUUGUAUGUGUCGUUUUAAUUUUGUGAAUAUUAUAUCCAUAUUUUUAUGUAACAAAAUAAAAAAUUAAGAAAAA